GCUAACUUCAUAAACUCAUACCUACUAUCUUCUAGUCUAUUUCUAUACUGCAUAAUAUAUUUAUAUUCUUCCUGCCCAUUCCUACUGAAAUGUUUCCUUCUUAAUUAAACUAAUAAUAUGUGCACAGACGUUUUGAGUUACUGUUGGCAACCAGGCAAGUAAAUAUACGCACUGGUUAACCAAUAUAGUCGUGGACUCCGUAUUACCAUGGAAUUACAAGGACUAAAAGACACAAUACUUUGGGCCUCGAUAUUCCCGACAUAACUGCAACCAAGAUAAAUCUCCAGAGCAUCCGAAAUUAUUUUUAUUAAGAUAGUAAAUUAAAUAAAAUCAAUGUUGCUUCUAUUUCAGCAUGGAUGUAGAUAAACCAUCAUAAAAUAUUGAAUUUUACUUAGUGUUCUAGCUAUAUGAUUGUUGUUACAUAAGCAGGUUUUGCUAGGGUUAUUAUAGUCCUGUUGUUGUGACCUACAAGAAAUGGCGAUGGCAGGCCCGUGCGUGGCUAACAGAAUGAACAUGAAGUGCAAAACUAAUUCUAUGGUUAAAUCCCCAAAUUUAGUUGCAUACAAACAUUUGUUGCGUAGUCAGAAACCUGAGUUUUAUUGCUCUGCAAGUCCUGUCAACAUUGUUCACCGAAUUUCUCUCAGAUUGGGAGGUAAAACGUACAGAACAGCUAUCAGAGCUACUUCAGUUGACAAUGAAGAUUCUUCUGAGGGCCUGGACUCAGGAUAUGGAACAUGUGAUCCUUUAUGUUCGGUGGAUGAAAUGGAUUCACUUGAUUAUGAAGCUAAUUACAAGCCAAAGACCGAUUUACUGAAGGCUCUUACUAUUUUUGGCUCUGUUGCUGUUGGAGCAGCAGCUAUUAAUCAUUCUUGGGUAACUGAUAAUCAGAAUCUUGCAAUGGUAUUGGUUUUUGCAUUGGGAUAUGCUGGUAUUAUCUUUGAGGAGUCCCUUGCUUUUAAUAAGAGUGGUGUUGGACUUUUGAUGGCUGUUAGUUUAUGGGUGAUUAGGAGUAUUGGGGCUCCAUCACCUGAUAUAGCUGUCGGGGAAUUGACCACAACAUCUGCAGAAGUUAGUGAGAUAGUAUUCUUCUUACUUGGUGCAAUGACAAUAGUUGAGAUAAUUGAUGCACAUCAAGGAUUCAAGUUGGUGACUGAUAAUAUCACCACUCGGAACCCUCGUUUACUUCUUUGGGUGAUUGGCAUCAUUACCUUUUUUCUUAGUUCCAUACUGGAUAAUUUGACUUCUACAAUUGUGAUGGUGUCCCUUUUGAGAAAACUAAUUCCAGAUCCUGAUUAUAGAAGAUUUGUGGGAGCAGUUGUUGUUAUUGCAGCUAAUGCUGGUGGGGCGUGGACACCCAUUGGAGAUGUGACUACUACUAUGUUGUGGAUACAUGGACAUAUUUCUACUUUAAGAACAAUGCAGGACCUCUUUCUCCCUGCAGCAGUUUCCUUGAUAGUCCCCUUGGCCCUUAUGUCGCUAACCAGUGAAGUUAACAGAAAACAGGAGGUACCAGAUUUGAAUGCAUCAGAGCAGAUGGCACCAAGAGGACAACUUGUUUUUGCUGUUGGUAUCGGGGCAUUGCUAUUUGUGCCUGUCUUUAAGGCACUAACAGGAUUGCCUCCAUUUUUGGGUAUGAUUUUUGGCCUUGGAGUGUUGUGGAUCCUGACAGAUGCAAUUCAUUAUGGGGAUUCUGAGCGUCAGAGAUUAAAAGUUCCACAAGCUCUUUCACGAAUUGAUACUCAAGGGAUCCUCUUCUUCCUUGGCAUUUUGUUGUCUGUAGGGAGUUUGCAGUCAGCUGGAAUUCUCAAAGAAUUGGCUAACUAUCUUGACACCCACAUCCCAAGUAUUGAACUAAUUGCUAGUUCCAUAGGUGUCGCAUCAGCAGUGAUAGAUAAUGUACCACUGGUUGCAGCUACAAUGGGAAUGUAUGAUAAAGUAGACUUUCCAAUGGAUUCAGAGCUUUGGCAACUAAUUGCUUACUGUGCUGGAACCGGAGGUUCAAUGCUUAUCAUCGGAUCUGCAGCUGGGGUUGCUUUUAUGGGAAUGGAGAAAGCUGAUUUCUUUUGGUACUUGAAAAAGGUUAGUGGAUUUGCAUUCGCUGGUUAUGCUGCAGGUAUUGCUGCAUAUGUAGCAUCCCAUAACUUCCAUUUGCCAUCUACGACAUUAGCUCAACUUCCCUUUCUAUCAGGUUGAGAGGACCUUUGCUGGAAAUAUUUAGCAACAGGUUGACUGAAUCUCAUCAAGGGAUGUUUAGUAAACCGUGGAAUCAAAUCUCAUAAUAAUAAGCAAAGGCCUGUUACUAUUGAAUGCAUCUACGAUCUAAAAUUACUAGAAAAACAGUUUUCUUCUCUUCUACUAUGGUUCUUCUGUAAUAGAAAACAUUAUUUUCUGGGAGAGACUGGAGAUAGCCCAUUCACUGAAGCAGUAACAGUUGUUAUCUUUCACCUGGAUGUCUUCCAGAAUACAAACUGAUUUGAAGUAGAGAAACGCAGUGGCUUUUCUUUUGAAUGGGAGGGAUGCUGUAACCUUAUGGAGAUAACCUUUCUCCUCAUUCUUUUGAUUCGCAGAUAUCCAUGCAUAUUUUAAAGAGUUAUUUCAUCUCAAGUAUGUUGUUAUUAUAGGUUGUUAAGAAUUUCUUUGCACGUGAACAACGAACUUUAGAUUUAACACGUUCAAUUCACGUAAACUAGUUGUGCUCAAUAAUGAGUACGCCCAAAUAGCAAUAUUCGACUGGCUGGUGGCAGAUGUAAUUUGAUUGUGAAGUAUUUUUAUGAAGAUAUCCCCAAUUUCGCAGUGUAA